GUCGGUCCCAAGCUGUCACCAAUACUCGUGAAACCCGAAAUCGAUCAGCCAUUGGGCUAUGACGAUCUAGCUAGUGAAUCUUCGCUGCAUAGAUCCUUGCAGUAGCCACCAACAUCAACAUCACGAUCGAUAACAUAGGCACACCCAGUAGCCGCCAUGGCGGACGAAAAGAACCAUAGCGUGGACGUCACGCAGGCGGCGACCGACCUCGAAAACUUCCAGCGUGAUCAUCAUUGGGACCCCAAUCUGCCCCAGGACAAGGCCGACAUGGUGAAGAAGGCGCUCCAAGACGGCGAUUCUGAGGAAAUCAUUGCCGCCGAUGCCAUCUUGACGGAGGAUUCGCCCUACGAGGAAGUACGUGCCGCUGUACGCAAUACAGAUGGGGGUGAAGUCGCAAACACGGUUCGAGCGUGGAUUCUGGGCAUGAUUUUCGUGACAAUUGGAAGCGGUCUCAACAUGUUUCUAAGUAUGAGGAGUCCCGCUAUCAACUUCCCAUCCAUCAUCGUCCAAUUGCUGGUCUACCCAAUUGGAUGUCUCUGGGCUAGGGUCAUGCCAAUGAAGGUCUUCAACACCUUUGGCGUUCAAUGGACGUUCAACACCGGCCCCUUUACGAUCAAGGAGCACGUUGUCAUCACCCUAAUGUCCAACGUCUCCAUCGGCUACGCCUACAGCACCGACGCCCUCCUCGCGCUACAGGGCAAGCCCUUUUACGACAUCAACCUCGGAUGGGGCUUCCAGUUGCUCUUCACGCUGAGCUCCCAGCUCAUCGGCAUCGGCCUCGCGGGCCUCUGCCGUCGUUUCCUCGUCUGGCCGGCCGCCAUGAUCUGGCCCAACCAGUUCGCCAACACGUCCCUCUUCUACGCCCUCCACGACAAGAGCAAGAGCGACGGCACGCACAGCAACGGCUGGAUCAUCAGUCGAUACCGGUACUUCUUCUACGUCCUGGCGGCCAUGUUCUGCUACUACUGGAUUCCGGGUGUUCUCUGGCAAGGCUUAUCGGUGUUUGCCUUUGUCACCUGGAUCAAGCCGAACAAUAUCGUCGUCAACCAGCUCUUUGGAGGCUUCACCGGCCUCUCCCUGAUUCCCAUCACCUUUGACUGGACCUAUGUAUCCGCCUACCUCGGCGAUCCCCUUCUCUCACCUACGCACACCCACGUCAAUGUCUUGAUCGGCCUCUUCACGUUCGUCAUCAUCCCUACCAUCGGCAUCGCCUACUCGGGCGCCCUCUUCGCAGACUACCUCCCCAUCAACACCUCGCAGACCUACGAUAAUACUCAGAGCUCCUACAACGUCAGCAAGAUUCUCGGACCCGGGUACACCUUUUCAGAAGAGAAGUACAAGCAGUACUCGCCCCUCUUCCUCCCGCCCACCUUUGCCCUCAACUACGGUCUCUCCUUCGCCGCCCUCACCGCCGCCAUCGUCCACUGCGGCUUCUUCCAUGGCAAAGAGAUCUGGUACCGCCUCAAGGCCGCGCGGAACCAGGAAGCCGACAUCCAUCUCAAGCUCGCAAAGAAGUACGUCGACGCGCCCGAGUGGUGGUACGCCGUCCUCCUGCUCUUCGCCAUCGGCCUCGGACUCGCGACGGCCGAGGGCUACGACUCCCAGCUGCCGUGGUGGGCAUUCUUCGUCGCCAACUUCCUGGCCAUGAUAUUUGUGAUUCCCACGUGCACGAUCCUCGCCAUUUCGAACCUCGGACUCGCGCUCAACGUGCUGUCUCCGUUCUUGGCGGGCUUCAUGAUCCCCGGGAAGCCGAUUGGUGUCAUGAUCUUCAAGGUGUACAGCACGAUCACCCUCGGCCAGGCGCAGACGUACUCUGGCGACCUCAAGAUGGCGCAUUACAUGAAGAUUCCGCCUCGUGUGACGUUUUGGUGUCAGGUUGUGGCUACCAUCUGGGCCGUCUUUGUACAGAUUGCCGUGAUGAACUGGACGCUCGGCAACAUUGAAAACUGUUGUGCACUCACCCAACACGCACACUUCACCUGCCCCAACGGCAGAGCCUUCUUCUCAUCCUCCAUCGUCUGGGGUGUCAUCGGUCCCCGCCGCAUGUUCGGCGCCGGCUCCAUCUACCACAACUUCAACUACUUCUGGCUCAUCGGCGCCUGCCUGCCCAUCGUCUUCUACGUGUUGGCCAAAGUUCUAAACCUCAAGUUCGCAAAGGUCCUCCACGCGCCCGUCAUGCUCGGCGCCAUGGGCUGGCUUCCGCCAGCGACGCCCCUCAGCUUCUCCAGCUGGGCGAUUGUCGGGCUCAUCUUCAACCACGGCGUGCGCAAGAGGUUUCACGGAUGGUGGAAGACGUACAACUACAUCACCGCUGCUGCGCUGGACGCUGGCCUCAUCAUCAGCACCAUUGUCAUCUUCUUCGCCAUCACGUUGCCCAACGUCACGAUCCCGCAAUGGUGGGGAAACGUCGACGUAUAUAAUACCUUGGACUCCACGUAUGGCGCCAUUCUGAAGACGGUGGGGGAGAAUGAGACCUUUGGUCCGACCAGUUGGUGA